AUGGAUGUAACUUCUUCAGUAGCUGUUGUGGAAGACUAUAUGAAAGACGGAGAUGUUAUGCUUGACAUCCUUAAGGAAUCUCUUCAAAAAUCACAAGCAAGAAUGAAAUUUUUUGUUAAUAAACAUAGAACUGAUAGAUCCUUUGAAGUGGGUGAUCUAGUCUUCCUCAAGAUUCAAUCUUACAGGCAAUCUUCCUUAACCUUUAGAAAGAAUUUGAAACUCUCUGCUAGAUACUUUGGUCCUUUCAAGGUGCAGCAAAAGAUUGGUCAGGUGGCCUACAGGUUGGCUCUUCCACCUAAUUCCAAAAUACACCCAGUUUUUCAUGUGUCACAACUCAAAAAGAAGAUUGGUCUCACUGCCACUGCUCUCACUGAACUGCCACUCACUGAUGAAGAAGGAGAAAUUGUGUUGAAACCAAUUGCUGAUCUGGGUUUUCGUCAAGAUUUUCGUCAGGGUCAAAUGGUGAACCAAGUCUUGAUUCAAUGGUCACAUACAAUACCAUAA